UUUUGUGGUUACCACCCACAUGAAGAAAAACAUCAAGAUCCCUAAAAGGUCUGUAGCGCUUUAUAGGCUUAGUUAGCUAGUUGAAUAUCUGCAGUCACCCAGCCCAGACCAAAAUGUCAACAGAGGACCCACUUGAGCUCGUCCCUUGUCCCUUUGACCCUGUCCAUAUGGUGCAGCGCAAAAGAAUGCAGUAUCAUAUCAUGAAAUGCUCUAAGAACAUGGACAUGAGGAAGUUUAGGACCUGUCCAUUCAACGCCCAGCACAUUGUGGUUGUCGAAGAAUAUGAGCAUCACGUGAAGACAUGUGAAGGAAGGGCAGUGGUGGAGAAGGAGAUCAUAUACAGGCAAAAUGCCAGUAACCCAGAGGUUGUCAUGGCUACUGGUCAUCUGUACGUACCCCCGUCCAACUUUGUGGUGCCAGAGACAACCGAAUGUUGGGACGACGAUGACUGCACUGUGAUGGUAGGGUCCUCAUCAUUUGGUCCUCCUCGUCAGCCCACCCCCUCCAAGACACAACAGCGUCCCAGAGAGUCCAGUACACGACUACCAAGGAGAGUAGGGAUGGGAGAGAACGAGAGGACUGCGGUGUUUGACUACUCGGCUAGGACCAAGCCGGUGGGAAGGGGGCGUGGUAGAGGGCGUGGCCUGGCAGCUGUGUCGUACAGCAGGGGACUCCAGUUACCUCCGGCAUUGGAGACCUCGGCCAGUGAAUUAGACACACAGACUGAGACAGCCACCGAGAGUGAGGCCACGCCUGAGGAGAAGCGUAUGAGGGACAUCAGGAAACUCAAGAAAAUGUUAAGACAGAUUGAGAAGAUAGAGGCCAAGAAGUCAGAGGGUAGGGUGUUGAACGCAGACCAGGAGGACAAGUUGAGCAAGAAGCCGAAUGUGCUAGAUGGACUCAGUCUCCUCGAGAAUGGCCCCCACUAAACACUCUAUUGACUAACAUUGCUGCUUUCUAUUUAUCUAUCCCGCUUGUUUUUCUAUAUUAUCUAUCAGCAACAACUACAGUAGCUAGUACCGUGUGUUUUGUAUAAUUAGUAUUCCUUAUUUUGAUGUCAAGUUAGCCAUUUAUUUUGUCAUGCAUGUCAACGUGUAAUUAUUUUUUUGUACUCUUUUUUCCAUGCUCUUUUUGCACA